AUGCCUGACUUUUCAACACAAACCGAGGAAUUCACUCCGUUCUCUGUCAUUUCACUGGAUGGUACUUCGCAUGUUGCCAUGUCAGGAAAAGCGGCCGCAACUGUGAUCAGAAUUAAAAUCUCCUACUCCUCUCAAACUGGUAAACCUUUGAGAAACAUGCGAUUGUGCCUCCGAGGACGUUUGCUGGAUGAUGACGAAACACUUGGAUUCUUUGGAUAUUAG